AUGAGAUUGGAGAGAGCUAAUAUCCGAAGUUGGAGGGACCUAGUUGAUGCUUUCAUAAAGCAGUAUCAGUAUAAUGUUGACAUGGCACCAAAUCGCACUCAGUUACAGAAUCUAUCCCAGAAAGCUAAUGAGUCCUUCAAAGAAUAUGCACAGAAAUGGCGCGAGUUGGCAGCUAGAGUCCAGCCACCUAUGUUGGAAAGAGAAAUGAUGGAUUUGUUCACCAACACUCUGGAGGGCCAAUACUACUCCGCCUGCUCUGCAUCCUCAAGUUUUGCCGAGUUGGUUAUGAUUGGUGAGCGAAUUGAAAGUGGGAUUAAGGCUGGUAGAAUACAGAAUCCAAGUGCUGCUAGUUCCUCUUCUGGGGCAGGAGGGAAGAAACCAUAUAACGGAUUUGCUAAGAAGAGAGAAGGUGAAACAAGUGCUGCUUACUAUGGUAAAGGUAAAGGCCAUGUUUAUCAACAGGUAGCCGCUGUUACUAUACCGAGUACUCCUCUUCAACAACAACCACAACAACAGCAGAGGCAUCCCCCACGUCAGUAUCAGCAAAAGUCGAGGCCACCAAGAAUUUUUGAUCCCAUACCUAUGACAUAUGCACAAUUACUCGCUCAUCUCUUACAUGGGGACUUGGUGCAACUUCGUACCAUGGGCCCUCCACCUGCUAAGCUUCCUCCUAACUAUGAUGCUAAUGCCCACUGUGAGUUUCAUUCUGGGGCUGCUGGGCAUGAUAUUGAACAUUGCAUAGGAUUCAUGCAUAAAGUACAGGAUCUGCUCGAUUCAAAAGCUAUUGAGUUCACCCCUACUCAAGGACCUAACGUUGUACAAAAUCCUAUGCCUUCCCAUGGAACUCAUGCCGCAAAUGCCAUCGAUAUUGUUGAAGACAUUUACUUGGUCAAGGAUGUUAUCGAAUUGGGAUCGUUGUUGCCAUUAUUGAAGAAGGAAUUAUUGAGGAUGAGACUAUACGCUGGUUGUGGAGAAUUCUGUACUGAUUGUAUGGUCACCUCCUCAGUUUGUGACAAGGUGAAAGAUGGGAUUCAACAGUUGAUAGAUAGUGGGUAUCUACAGUUUGAGCAUAUCCCGAUUCCUGCCAGAGCACCGCCUUUGGUCAUCACGUUGCCUGGUCCCAUCCCAUAUACUAGUGAGAAAGCAAUCCCAUGGAAUUAUGGCGGAGAAGUUUUCUACCAAGGGGCCGAGUAUGAGAUUAAAGCACCGGUUGAGAAAGAAGAUGUUGAUAAUGUUGUUGGCAUUGGAAGAAUGACGAGAAGUGGUCGUAUUUUCAAUCCUCCCCAGAAUUCUCGCGAUGACAAUGCAUAA